UUUUGUUACCUAGUUAUAAAGUUGUAAACAUGUUUUGUAGUUAUUACUAUAUCCUUUGUCGAAAUUCUAGUCAUUUUUAGCCGCUUAAUAUCAUUUUCACGUGCAUGUUGGUUUCGAUAUGACUUAUGCAAUGAUAUAAGUUUGCAUUAUCUUAAUAUUUCAACCAAUUCUCGUUAGUAGCAUUGGAAGAAGUGCACUAUGAGUAAACAAUUGAAGUACAUCGUUGACAAUCUCAACCAAAAGCCAUUCAACAAGAACUUGAACUUGAUAAGCUUUGACUCUUUAAACCCGCUGACUUUGCUUCAAGUUCUGAAUGAUGUGUUUGCUGAAGUCGAUUCACAGCACAAGUUGGACAUUCGCAGUGAAGAUCCUGAGUCUAUGGUUGUUCGCAUGUUGACAUUUCUCCGCGUUCUCAAAUACAAGCCAACAUCAAACAUAGACAAUCCAAAUGCUUUUCGUCAAGGACUGGUUCAGGGCGACAAACCGGUCAUAUAUCCCAUACUGCAGUGGUUGUUUCAGAAUUUGAAUGAUCUCAAGAAGCGAGCCUACCUUGCACGGUAUUUGGUUCGCAUUGAUGUGCCAGAUGAGCAGUUGGCAGAUGUAGAUAUCUCUGAGCUUCAUGAAACGUACACGGAACUCAUGGAACAAUUUAAAGAGUUUCACAAAGAAUUGGAACGUCUUAAAGCAUCUGGUUUCUCGACUGGUGACAUUAAAAAGGACAUAGUAAACAUGGAAGACGAGCGCGAGCAGUUGAUCAAGCGUGUGGAUCGAGUGAGGAAGAAGGUUGAAUCUGUGAAAAAUCACGAAAAGUUAAUAUCGUCGGCGCGUAAUUUGCGCAUCGUGAGAGAGCAAGAGACAGAUCUCAAACAGCAAAUGAUGGAUCAGAAAAAUCAACUUCUUUAUGCCGAGCAAAGGUAUCGAAGACAACAACAAACUCUGAACAACGCUCGUUCUCAAGGUGCUGGUACAAAUGGAGCUGAUUUGUUACGAAAGCUGGAAGAAGAAUAUAAAGUCAACUCCUAUUUAUAUCAAGAGAAAAUUCCUAAGGAUAUUGCAGCGAAGCAGAAAGCUGUCACCGAUAUACAGAGAGUAAUUGACGAACCUGCGAUGGGGCAAUCUGAAUUGGAUCAGUUAAAUCGUCAGAUUGGAAUGUUGUCGGAUGAAAUCAACAAACUAAUUGAGAAACGAAUGGUGCGCAACGAUCCUAUAGAUGACAAGCUUUCGUUAUUUCGACAACAGGCUUCGAUAAUCAUUCGCAAAAAAGAAGCUGCUGCCGAAGAAUUGAAAGAGGUCAUGGACGAGUUGGGCAACAUCGAGAAUCAGCUUCAAGGCAAACGUGAAGCAUUACAACAAAGCGAGGGAACUGAAGUAGUUAAAGGCGAAGAGUUCAAGCGAUAUGUGAACAAAUUGAGAAGCAAAAGCACCGUAUACAAGAAAAAACGUCAAGAGUUGACUGAACUUCGAGCUGAAUUUGGUGUUCUAUCUCGGUCUGAAGAGAUUUUAAAACGACGUGAAGGACAACUUAAUGAACACCUGUCACAACUCGAAGCAAAGGAAGGCGUGUCUGGCUUCCACGACACGCAAGAAGAGUUGGAAAAGGUAUCAUCAGUGAAAGGUGACCUGGAUGAACAAAAAGGAAAAUCACUUGAUGAAAUUUCUGAUAUGGUUCGAAAGUUGAACUCGCUAAUCGUUGAGAAGAAGAGUUCUUUGGCUCCCAUUAUUAAAGAACUACGGCCUAUGAGGCAGAAAUGUGUGGAAAUGACGUCAGAGUAUGAUGAACAAAAGGCGAUCUACGAUAAUCUUGCUGCAAAUCUUGAGAGCAAUAUGUUCAAACUUGAGCAGGAAGUGAAAUCCUUAAGAGAUGAACUUGCCAACAAUGAAAGCAGAUAUUUCUAUUUAGAUUCCAUGAUAAAACUUCUUGAGGUGCAGGAAAAAAGGGUUGAAGCUGAGAUUAAAUCAUACACGUCGUCGGAUUCCAAAGAUAAAAAGAAGUCGUACAGAGAACUGUAUACGAAGAAAAUCCAAGAGCAGGAGAAUUUGGGAAAGAGCUUAAGAGAGAAGCAAAAAAAUGUUCGCGAGAAUCACGCUCCUAGUAUCAAGCAGAAAAAGAUGUGGAACGAUUUGGCCAUGUUGCUGGAAUGCAAGAGAGAAUGCUUGGAAAAAGCGAACUCACAAUCUGCUGUAUCCUCAUCUGCCGUAAAUGGUGAAGACGAUGUAUUAAUAUUGUGAGAAAAUCUAUGACGUUAAUUAUCUUAAAUAUUUGAAACGUUUCUUCGAUAAAAAGUUUUCAAUUGUCUUCGGGGCCCUGCAUUAUACACACGUUCUACAGCUGGUUAUCUUGAGUCGUAUUGGCAACGAAUAAACUAAGCCUUUUUUUCACGAACAAAGCUAUGUUUUCACCAGCACGCCUUCCUUAAUUUUUUAAAUAGUAUGAAAAGUCAAAACAUAUAAUAACUUUUCGACGUUUAGUGGAAGAGAUAUCUCUUUGUUAGUCAAUAUUGCUCAUUAUUAAACGAAUUUUUUGACUGUUUGCCGGAUUAAAUUGCUUGUGUAUCAAGCCAAUACUUUGUGCAAUAAAUGACGUAAGCUGUUGCAUAACCCGUAAA